UUUGUAGGUUCAUCCAAACCAUCAACAACAGAAAGUAGCAGCUGCGGUAGGAUAUCCACUCGAUAUCCAUUUCAACUGAAGAGAAAGAAUCUUAAGGACUUCUUUGGUGGUCCUCCAACAUGCCAAGAUUUGUCUGGAUCCCUGCCACAUGAAGUGAGCAACAUGGAUGCAGAUAAUGCUGUGACUUACAGGUUUUAUGAUGCAUUUCAUCAUGAUGAAAUUGGAUUAGAAGCCUUUCAGGGCAUGCUGCUCAAGUCUGGUGCAUCAUCAUCAAAUGCUACAGAAGAGUGGGUAGCAAAUCACUACAGAUGGAUUGUCUGGAAACUUGCAUCUUUCGAGAGAUGCUAUUCAACUCAAGUUGGAAUCAAAUUCUUAACAGUUUGCAAUGUUCUUGAGGAAUUGAAAUACAGGUAUGAGAGGGAAGUAAACUAUGGUCAUAGAUCGGCGCUAAAGAAAAUCUUGGAUGGGGAUGCAUCGCCUGCAUCUAUGAUGGUUCUAUGUGUUUCAGCAAUCCAUUCUACUUCACGACCAACAAUGCUAAAAGCAAAUGAUUCAAAUUAUCCAGAUGAAGAUAUUAAGAAACUUUAUGACAGUAGUUCAACAGUGACCAAAAUUAAUUGUCAAACUCGAAUAGAACUAACUGAUGGAUGGUACUCUUUGGAUGCCUUGCUAGAUGUAUGGCUGUCGAAACAGCUCGCUGCUGGAAAGCUGUUUGUUGGCCAAAAGCUUCGGAUUUGUGGUGCUGGGCUAUGUGGUUGGGUUGGACCUGUUUCAUCUCUUGAGGCAUCAAAGACAGUCCAUAUGCUGAUACAUAUAAAUGGGACUUACAGGGCUCAGUGGGAUGAGAAACUCGGAUUUUGCAAGAGAAUUUCUGCUCCUUUGGCUUUUAGCUGCAUCAAAGUCUCUGGGGGUAAAAUCCCUCGAACGUUGGUGGGAAUUACAAGGGUUUACCCCGUUUUAUACAAGGAGAGGUUUCCUGACGGUGUUUAUGUUGUAAGAUCAGAAAGAUUGGAAAAGAAGGCACUUCAGAUAUACAACCAGAGACGAUGUAAUAUUGCAGAGGCUAUUAUGUCUGAGCAAUUGGAUGUUUUUGUCGACAUAAAUGAUGGUGAUGAAGGGGCAAAACUUUGCAAGAUACUUGAGACUGCUGCUGACCCUGAAGUUUUAAUGGCAGAUAUGACGUCAGAGCAACUAUUUUCCGUCUCAACUUACCAGGCAAAGCAAAAGGAGAUUAGGCAAUCACAUCUGCAGAAGAUGAUUGAGAAAGCUUUGAAAGAUGCUGGCGUUGCUUCAAGGGAGGUCACGCCCUUUAUGAGGGUUAGGGUGGCAGGUUUAACCAGUAAAUACUCAUGCAGAAAGGGCCGAUUCAGGGAAGGCUUGAUAACAAUCUGGAGCCCAACUGAGGAUCAGAAAGUUGACCUGGUAGAAGGAAAAAUAUAUGAUGUUUCAGGGCUUAUGCCACUGAACUUUAGUAUGGAUGUCCUUUAUCUUCAAGGUGGUGGAUAUUCCACUGUAUGGAAAAACUUGCCCUCGACGGAGGCUGAUAAAUAUGAACCAUUUUUUAAUCCUCGCAAAUCAGUCAACUUGUCAAAUUUGGGUGAGAUACCUCUAGCAAGUGAAUUUGAUAUUGCAGCAAUGAUUUUGCAUGUCGAGGAUGUUUGCAUGUCUGGACGCCAGAAAAAGCAAUGGAUUUUCAUUACAGACGGAUGCAAUUGUAGCUCAACUUCUCAAUAUCAGGAACAACAUGAUUGUUUGCUUGCUGUCAGCUUCUCGUCACCUAUGGUGGACAAGGAUCUGUUCAGCCACCACCAUGAAGGAACCGUAGUUGGGUUCUAUAAUCUGGUGAAGCGAGCGAGGGAUCAGACAAAUCAUCUUUGGGUUGCAGAAGCAACUGAAAAUUCUACAUAUUCUGUCUCUUACAACCUUCCUGGCAAUUGUCAUCUAAAGGUAGCAGCAACAUCUGCUCAUAGAUGGGCAAAAUUAUCCUACUUGACCAUUCAGAAGCUGAAGGAGAGAAUAUCGAAUAUACUUGGCCAUCAUGAAAUAUCAAGAUAAAAGUCAUUGGUUGUUCUUUUUCCAGGUUUUGUCAGCAACUUGAUAUCCCAUGUUCUACAAGGUAAUAUCAUCAAACCGGUAAGCUGAAGACCAAAAGGGGACCUGAUCGUGCUAAUUAUUCAAUGGCGAUGAGGCUAGCGGCUUUUCUUAAGACAAUAUGGGCUUACUUGGCUGGCCAUUACACAGGCAACCAACCAACCUGAAGAGUUGAUGAAUGUGGUUUCUUUCACCAGCAGUUUAUUACAUAGGCAACGAAGCUUGGAUCUUAAUUUCUUAUGAGAAAAAUAUCUGAAGAGUAUUCUGUCACAUUCUGAUUUUUCUUAUUUUACUCGAGGCGAUGGCCUCCAAAGAGAG